AUGUCGGAAAACAUUCGCUCGAGAGACAGCGCCGUCCGCUCCCCUUCCGACCUCCCCCCACCGCGCGACCGCAAAAAGGCGACUCGCUCCGUGUCCCCGCCGCUCUCGCACGUCCCACUCAAGCGCUUCAACUACCUGCUUGCGCUCUUCGCCACGCUCCUUGUCGUAUUCUACGCAUGGCGGCUCGCACAGUGGAAGGCGGACGUCGGCGGCUGGUGGAAUCUCGCACUCGGGCGCCGGCCGCCCGCGCAGCAGAACCCGCACCCCGACCAGCACGCGUGGGCGCAAACGGACCAACGCCCAGAUGGUGUGGGGGAGCCGGGCGUGGAGCAGCGCAUCGAGGAGCUCGCGCGCGCACUCGGGCUCCCCAGCGGCGACCUUGCUCGCGCGAUCGCCGAUGCGGUGCGCGAGCACGUUCCGCCCGCAAGCCUCUCCUCCGUCGCGGCGCACGAGACGGGGGACGCGGUGAAGUACGUGGUGGAUCCGUCGGGCGCGGCGGCUUCGGAUGCGGAGAGCGCGCCUGCGUCGACGGCGAGCAGGGGCUUUGGGGUAGUGCAGGAGGCAUUGGAGGCUGCUGUAGGUUUGGAUGAGCCCCCAAGCGCACUGGGGAGGGAAGUUUGA